AAUAUUGUAAAUAGAUCUAGAUCUAGAUCUAGAUGUAUAGAUCUCUAUACUAGAUCUAGAGAAAUCGAUAUAAAAAUGUGUGGAAUCAGGUUUAGUUGUUUAAUUUAUAAUGAGAGACAAAAUCAUGAAAAUGAGAAAAAUGAAAAUAAACAACAAAUUCAAGAUUCUCGUUCUCCUUCCAGUCAUUCUGGAGAUUCUGCUAAAAAAUUGGCAGACACCAAAGUUGCCUCAGAAUUACGAAAUAGGGGACCUGACUUUUGCACUACUUAUUCUGUUAACUUAACAAACUCUUGCAUUGGCACCAUGACUGGGUGUGUUCUUCAUUUAAGAGGUAAUUUAACCCCCCAACCAGUAACAGAUGAGACUAACAAUGCCCUUCUAUGGAAUGGAGAAAUAUUUGAUGGAAUCCAGGUGGAAGAGGAUGAAAAUGACACUCAGGUUCUUUUCAAUGCUUUAACUAAGUGUACUGGAGAUGAUACAGUGUUGAAACUACUUGAAAGUAUUCAUGGUCCAUGGGCAUUCAUUUACUGGCAGGCAGAUGUUAAGAAAUUAUGGUUUGGCAGAGAUAUGUUUGGAAGAAGAAGCUUAUUAUGGCAUCUACCAUCGUUAAAAGAUAAUCAAUUUAUUCUGUCAUCCGUAGCCACUGAGAAUCAGGAUUUUGCAGAAAUUCCUUCAGUUGGAAUUUUUGUUCUUGAUUUCACACAACCAGAAGUUUGUCCAUCUUUGACACUUUACCCAUGGUGCAACUGCAGAUGGCCAGGAACAUCAACCAAGCUUAUUGACACUCCUGGCAGUGAAUUGUUAAGACAGUUAUAUCCUAUAAACUCCACAAACUUAUCUACCAAACUGGAUAUAAAAGAAACAUUAUCUAGUUGGAUUCCAUCCAUAAAUAAAAACUUAGACAUUGAAAACUUUGCAUCUGAAUCAGUAUUAAAUGUUGACCAAUUUCUGAAUCAGACAGAAUUGCUUCAUCACAUUUUAACCUCUGACAGUGAACUUAAUAUGUUAUCUGAUGCAUUGAUUGAUGUUUUACAAACAGCUGUGAAGAAAAGGGUGACUACUCUGCCUCGUAACUACCAUGUAACAACUCCUCAAAAUGUUCAAACAUCAGAUGCAAAUAUCGCAAUCCUUUUUUCUGGUGGACUAGAUUCUACACUCCUUGCUGCUCUAGCAGACAGAUGCACUCCUCCUGAUGAAUCCAUUGAUCUACUCAAUGUAGCGUUUGAACAAAGACCCACAUUUGGUAAGAAUAAGCUCAAGGAGAAAAAACAAGUCAAAAAGAAAACAAGAUUUCCCAAAGAUCAUUCCAGUUCUUCUGCAGCAAGGCCAGAAAUAGGUUUAGAGAGAAUAGAAAACGGUUUCGAUCAUUUAAAAGACAUAAGCCAAGGUUCUAAUAAAUCUGAUUUUGAAGAAAUCAGUUUGGGCAAAUCUCCUGAUGAAUCCUCUGAUGUGUUGAAUUCUUCUGACAUUCAAAAAUCUCAUGAUACUAUCAUAACUCCAUCAUCUCAUCAUGAUAAUGUGCCAUAUAAAAAUAUAUCAUUUGACCCAUAUGAUGUUCCUGAUAGGGUGACAGGUAUAACUGCCCUUGGUGAACUGAAUCCAAAUCGCAAAUGGAAUUUUAUUGAAAUCAAUGUGACACAAGAAGAGGUCCAAAAGAUGAGGCAGUCUCGUAUUAGCAGUUUGAUCUAUCCACUUCAGACCGUACUUGAUGACAGUAUAGGUUGUGCUGUAUGGUUUGCAUCACAAGGGGUUGGUGUUCUGGCCAACAACAGGAGUCAUAAAAUUAAAAGUAAAGCCAAAGUGAUACUUUGCGGUAUGGCUGCAGAUGAACAGUUUGCUGGAUACUCUCGUCACCGUGUAACAUUCAAUACAAAAGGUUGGCAGGGUUUGUUAAAUGAAAUAGAGGAAGAGAUGUGGAGAAUUUCAUCCAGAAACUUAGGACGAGAUGACAGGAUUAUUUCAGACCAUGGCAAAGAAUCCAGAUUUCCUUUCCUAGAUGAAACAUUUACUCAAUUUGUCAGCACUAUUCCAAUUUACAAAAGGGCUGACUUGCGCCUGCCCAGGGGUUUAGGUGAAAAGCUGUUGCUGCGGUUAUGUGCUUAUAAACUUGGUUUGUUUAAGACCGCUGUACAGCCAAAAAGAGCCAUACAGUUUGGCUCAAAGAUUGCAAAGAUGGACAAUAGAAAAGAGAAAGGAUCUGACACCUGUGAUAGACUUAAUUAUAAUUAAUAAAAGAUUUAUGUUUAGAUAAAGAACGAAAAUAAAAACAUUUAAAAAAUAAA